AUGCGAACAGUUACUAACUUUUUUAUUGCUAGUCUUGCAAUCAGUGAUAUGCUUAUGGCGAUUGUGUGUAUUCCAUUUACAUUUGUGGCAAGUAUGGUUUUUCAAUAUUUUAUACCCUUGUUAGUAUUGAUAUAUACUUAUUCUCUUACCAAGCCUCAUAACUGUUAA